CAGAGGCGCUGUAUUUGUGUUUUGUUAUCGCAGAAUUUUCUCAUCUAAAAAAUUAAUCAUGAAAAUAUCGUGAAAAAUGUGUGAUAAAUGUUCCAAAACAGUGUGAAAAUGUUGUUAAAUCCAUUGAAUGUGUAAAAAGAUAAUCAUGGUGUGGAAAUGUUGUGAGAAACAUAAAUCAAUGCUGUUGAAUUUAUUGAUUUGAUCUUUGUGGAAUAUUUUGUCGAAAAAGUCAUCAGAAAACCUGAAAAAAUCACAGAAAAACCUUAAAAGAAAAUUGGAAAACGAAAUUCCAGAACGAUCCACAAUUGAGGAUUAAAAAGGAGAUAAAUAUGAAAAGGAGGAUAUAGGAAGAAAGCUGAGAAGCAAAAGAGAAAAGAAAUUAAAACUGGGGGAGUAGCAGCUGCCUUGUGGAGAGAAAAUUUUUUGGGGAAAAAAAACUCCUGCCUAGGAUAUCCUUACGAAAGCAGAGGAUUGACAGAAGCGCACUCACUGUAAAUGAUUAGGGAGAGAAUAUUGCGGCCAGUCAUGAUAUCCAGCAACGACCAACCCUACACAUUUGACUCCAUUCAAUUCAUCGGGGGCUUCACGCAAAAUAACUCAUUGCACACAUUCCGGGAGAUGUGGUACCACAUCCUUCUCUGGGCGUUCUUCUCAUCAAUUUUUGUGCACACAAUUGCCGCCCUGGUGGCCUUUGUGACGCUGCGGAAGCACAAAUUUGGGCGCUUCUUCUCCAUCCUAAUCCUCAUAAUGGGUGUGAUAUCCCCAGCCACGAGUGGGGUAAUCAGUUCAGCAGCAAUUGCCUUCGUCCAUAGGGCGUCAAGCCUCCAAAUGAGUCCAAUUUAUGCCAUGAUUUGGGGUAUCGGCCAGACACUCCUCUCAGCCUGCAUUGGCUUCACACGAAUUCUUGCCACACUCUAAUAAAAGCUCCCAGCUACAAAGGACCUCCUCCUCCCCUGCAUGAAACAGGACCUUCAGCCAUUUCUUCUUUUAAACAUGUAAAUUAUCCACAUUUUUCUCCUCCAACUCCUACGUUCAGCAUACCUACCUAUAUACUAUCCCCAAAUCAUCUGUUUGUGAUACUAAAGUCUCAAAAUAAUAUAAAAAUUUAAUUACAAAAGAAAAAAAUAGUCAAAUGUAAUGGAAUAUGUAUUAAAAAAGGAAUUUUUCUAUCUUCACAUUCAAAAAAAAUAUAGUUACUCUCACAGAAAUUAUUCAAAAAAAAAAUAUAGAUGUGAAAUUAUAGAUUUUUUGGAAGAGCUAUAAAAAAAUUUGGGGAUAAGUUUAUCUUUAAAACAUUUCUGCCAGUUUAAAGGUAAAAGAAAAAAACUCAAAAUCAUAUCAAAACACUUUUUUCCAAAAAUCUUUAAAAAGAAAGUAUUUAAAACAAAAUGGGUAAAAAAUUAAAUUUCUUUUGUAAUAGUAGCUAUAAACUUUUCUCUCACUUUGUCAUAAAAUGAAGAAUAAAGUAGAGUGGAAGAGAGAUAAGCAUUGCUUAUACGAAAGUUCAUUCCUUUGUAUACUCACAAAACAAGAAAAAAUUGGUCCGUAGAAAGAAUUUUGUUAUAAGGAAAAUGUUUGUGAAAAUAUAUUGUAAUUUAUGACACCCAUUAGAUAUAAAAGAAAAAAAAUAGUAGGUUAUUUUAUGUGUAAAAUAUGUAAAUAAAAAUUAAAUAAAAAAAAUACUGGGGAAAUGAA